GAGUCAUGGCUAUCGUAUUAUUGUCUAACGCGCAUCAAUCACUUAAAAGUAACUUGAUACUCAUGUACCUAAGAUGUAAUGGAAGUUCACAUUAUAGUUUACUUCCAGUUUCCUUACCAUUCGCAUAGUUUACUGGAUAAAGACGACAUCAACACGACGAAAUUGAUUAAAAUUUAUAUGCAGUGGUUAUGCAGUUACUUCUGAAAUUUAUUUUUUUAUUCUUUGUAGCACAAUAUGUGUUUACUUUUCGUUGUGAUCGGCGACCGUAUGGUUCACUGACACAUCCCUCAGCACCUGAUGGAAGAUUCAAACUGGAAGUUGAAGGUGCGGACGAAACCUAUAUUCCAAAUCAACUGUACACAGUACGAAUAACAGAAACGGAUGGAGAAUCAAGAUUCACUGGUUUCAUGAUAUCAGCUGAGGGAGAAGUGCGUCAAGAUCCAAAGAAUCCUCGGAAAAUGAUUACACUUUCGCCAGGAGAUGUGACUCCUCGGAAUUACCUCACUACGAAGUUCAGUAACCGCUGUCAUUUUUCAGUCGAACACGCUGUUGGUACUCCGAAGUCUUCAGCAGAGGUGUACUGGCAUGCUCCAGCGUCAGGCAAUGGUUGUGUGACACUACGAGCGAUGGUGGCAGAGAAUAAGGAGAGCUGGUACGAAGAUGGAGGACCUUUGUCUCUUUAUCUGUGUGAAGACAUGCGACAGCCAGAUGAUAUUACUCCACAAGUCAACUAUAACUGUGAGAUUUGUGAUGAAGCUAAAUACGAAAUAACAUUCACCGGUAUAUGGUCAAGGAAUACUCAUCCUCGGUUUUACCCUGAAAAUGACUGGUUACCCAGAUAUAGUGACCUUGUUGGAGCAUCUCAUGCGGCAGACGUGAUCCUCUGGGCGCCAGGUUCCUUGAUAACUGACGGCGUCAAAGACGUCGCUGAGUAUGCCAAUACAACACGUUUUGAACAGGAAAUACGGGAGAAGAUUGGCAGCGGUGUCCGUACAUUAAUAAAAGGUAAAGGUCACGGAUAUCUAAAAAUGAAUUAUCCGACAUACUCAUUUAUCCGAACGGACAAAGUCAAUCAUCUGAUUACUGCCGCCGUGGGUAUUCAUCCCUCGCCGGACUGGUUUCUUGGGGUCAGUAGGUUCGAGUUAUGUCAAGGUGACAGUUGGCUAACUGAGAGGGAACUUAAUCUUUACCCGUGGGAUGCUGGGACGGAUAAUGGAGUGUCUUAUGAGUCAGCGAAUUUUCCGACAUUCCCCCAAGCGGCCGUUUCCCGUGUAGAGACCAGCUCGUAUGACAAACAUUCCCCAUUCUACGAAAUGGAUAUGAAGGAAAUGCAUCCUUUUGGAACGUUACGCAUCAAAUUAGUUAAAACAUACCAAAGAGACUGCACAAGUAAAACAAACGAAGAGCCCUCGGAGUCGAGCACGACAACUGAGGAAGGAACUUCAACAACGGAGCAACCAUCAACCGAGUCCGAAGGUCUGUCGGAGCCAGAGGAGCCCUCAAGGUACCGAUACACAGAUAACACAGGCCAACCCCCUCUGGUCACGGAUCCGGAAUCGUCCGAGGAUUGCCCCAUGACUCAGUGGUUAGAGUGGACUCCGUGUGACGGUCCAUGCGAGAAUGGGAGGGUCUCGGGUUUUCAAUGGAGGGAAAGAUUUCACUUGGUUGACGGAGUAGCCGUGGAGAAAUAUGAUCCUAAUGUUGAUCCAUCUACGAGAAAAGAAGUUCCAAGAUUUUGCAAGAAUCACUACGAGGAUUUUGAAAGACGGGAAUGUGAAGAUGAUUGUGAUGAAGAGCAGAAUGAAGUCGCGCGUUAAAAAAAGAAGAAAUUACGAUAAUUAAUUUAAUUUUAAUUAUAGAUAUUUUUAAUGACAUAUUUCAUUCGAGAGUAGGUACAAUGACUGCAUAUCAGCAGUUAACUAAUAAUAUGAUUGAAACUGUGUACUGUUAAUAAAUGUCUU